AUGUCGUCCAUCAGUUACCUCAGACGCUCACCAUCCACGGGAAGCGAGCCCGAGAUGGAAAGCACGACCGAUUUUUCGUCCACAUCAGAAAGCAGCGACAACCCGUCCGAAACCAGCAGCGACCGCGAGUUUGUCGUGUCCGAUACAGAAACGUUGUCACGACGUUCAUUCAGUGACUACUCAACCGAGAACGGCAUCAGCGACAGUGCCGAUGACAUAUCUAUAGGAAGCCCUCAUAUCCACCGCUUCAGGCCGAUCAAAGUCUUGGUGAAGAGAUCGGUCAAUCGGACGGACCGGCCACGACCCAAUAUCUGGUCCUAUGGUGUUCCCGGGAGGACACGGACAGGAUUGCCAGUCCUGAGCGAGGCGUGCUUACGGUGCAAUCCCGCGAGUAGAUUUUUUGAAUGCAUAGUCUGCAGUAUUGUUCUUUCCAAUGCCACCUCCACACCAUUCCCUAUGGACGAAACGACAUCUACAUACACAUCCGGCCUUCUCGAGAAGAAGAGAUCAUAG